ACAGUAGUAGUUUUUCUGUAUAAAGUGUAGUUCUAAUAUCUAUCGUACAAAUUGACAAAAAACCAUAAAUAUUUGCGAAAACGGAAGUUAAAUCCGAUAAUACUCUUUAAUACGAUUUGUUUGCAUCUUAGGUUACAUAAUAUAUUGUAUAAACCUUAAGACAAAAGCUUUGAACAACUUUUACAGAAAUAAAAUUAACAGACAGUCAUUUGAUUGAUCUUUAGGCAAACUUCACCUCUGAUAAAUAUAAAGUUUUGUUGAAACCUCUUGUUGGUGCUUCUUCAAGCUUUUAUUGUUUUCUAUAUGGUUCAGCACGAUAUGUUUAUUUGAUUUUUAUAAAAAUGUAAUGCCAACUCUCAGGUCGAUGCAUUCCAAUAAUCUGCAUUAUCUACAAUAUUUCAAAUUAAGGUUUCCUCGAACAUUGCUAUCAUAUUUCUAUUCUAUCAAAAUUCACAGUCAGACACAAAGCUUUUAUGAAAAACUUCGAGAUUAUAUUUGAUCCCGUACAACGAAUAUUCAAAGUAAUCACCAUCGAAACAAAGAUGCCAUCAGAUAUAGUGUCAGUAGUGGUAUCAACAGGAGUUGGAGUUAGUGUACUUGCUGGGAUUCUUUCUGGAGUUUGCUACAUUAUAGCUCAUGGUGUCAAACGAAGACGAAACAGACACCGUCGUAGCUCCCUCUUCUGUCCAGUGUGCGGGUGCGAGCUUCAGCGGCGCCCAUCGGUGGACAGCGCACUUUCCGCCAGUGGCGUAGGCAGGUGGGCGACAUGUUCGCGAUGCCAGCGGCGUGCGUGCAAAGGGCGCUGCGCCCAGUUCCGCGCUGGAGAAGGCUGGGUGUGCGGUGAAUGCGCAAGGCCACCGGAACUGGGCGAAAAGGUGACCGGAGGUUGGCUCAGGGACAUUAUGGAGACACUAGUGGCGCCACAGACAGCACCUGAUGGAAUGGGAAUGGAUGCUGAGGAAGAUGAGGAUAAAAGGAGAAGAGAUAGAGCGGAAGUUCGUGAUUUUAUCGAAAGAUUAGUCAACGUUUUGCUUGGCGAAAAUGUGGAUGAUGCCAGUGUUAACAAAUUGUACAACGAUGAAAAAUAUUUACCAGUAGCUGGCCAGUCACCCUGCUCAGCGCACGCAACCUUGAAGCAGAUCAUCGAAAGGCUGUUAAAAGAAGCCCUAAAUCUUCCCAAUUUGAAUAGAGACACGCAAAGUUUACCACCAAACGAAACUGAUAGAACUUAUGAGGACCUUCUAGCAACUGCCAUAAUCAACAAGGUGGUGAGUAAUGGUCAGCAUACCCGUCCAGGCUCAUCAGCAGCCAGUUUGUCCAGUAGAACAUCAACUCCAAGAAGAAGACGCGUCAAAGAAUAUUUCUUCGGAGAAGAGACCUUGGAGGAUAAGUGGAAGACCACAGACCUAGACACCUCUUCAGUAUCCAGUCUUGAAGAAUGGAUACACAGCGAUUCAAGUUUUGGAUCCAAGAAAUAUGUCGAUAGGGUCACUCUUACGAUAAAACAAGAUAUCGAAGAAGUUGCCCACAGCGAGUCGGAUGAUGAAGAUGACAGUGAAUACUUCAGAACAAACUCGUCCUUGCUGAGCGAAGAAGAGCCUAAUUGGUUCCUUCAGAAGCGACAGUUCCAAGGAACCCAUUCUCCAGUGCCAGUACCGAUGCUAGUACCUAAUCCCACUACGGAAGCCAAGGUACUAAUCGGCGACAAAGAAAUAGACGAAACGUCCGACCUUUCGGACGCAGGUUCCGAUUACGGUGAGGCAGAGUCAGUACCAGGUCGUACCAGCCUGCUGAUAGAAUCGAAGACGGUGAUUGGCGGGAAAAACGUCCUGGUAAACGGUGAUUCUGAUGAGGAAUCUUCCGGAGAUUCCGGGGUCAAAGAGGUAGACGGCAGCGCCAGCGGGACACACACCCCAAACAGGCACAUCGCCAGAGCCGACAUCACUGUGGACGACGACAACGUUGAAGACGCGUCGAUUAUGUCAGUAUACAGUAAUACUGAGAAAGUAGCAGAGUAUACAGAGAAAUAUGGUUCACUUCCAAGAACCAUUAUGAAGUCUCCAGUACCUACACCAUCAGCAAGAGCUUCAUUGCAAAGUCAAAGCAACAGACCAACACACCACAACAAAAUGGCACGGACCAAACAGAUAAUAUGAAAGAAAAUGGAGUUCAAGAUCCUGGGGAUGACUCAAAGGAAGAUUUCGUGGUAUUCUCAGGUAGCUACAGUAGAAGAGAAAAGGAAAAAUGGAAACAUGCUAUUGAGAUGAAGAAUAAUCCGUAUUCUCCAGAAAACAUCGAAAAGCGAAUGAAACACUCUUCAAGUACCAUCAGCUCACUAUUUGGUCCAGACUAUUACGCGAAAUUGGCCGCCACGCCGAGCGGGGGGCCGAGCAGACACACCAGAGGUAAGUUUGAGCAAGAGGAUAAACCAACUAGAGGAAGCGUCGAUUUAUUCUAGCCUGCCAAGAAGCUUGUACACAUCCAAAAACUCGAGCAAGAAUUUCGUUAAGAACCCCUUGCUUAAUUUCCCAGAAAACCAGAAAUCAUUGUGACGUUCUACGUACGCAAUUCUACCUCGAAUAGCUGUCCAGAGCCAUUUUGUAUAUAGUUUUUAGUUGUUGUUAGCACCCAGUUGAGUAUUGUUAAGAUAUUGUUUGAAUAAAUAUGAAAAUGAAUAUCUCAAUAUCUUUGUUUCGAAAUAGAUACAAUGGCUUACGUGAAAACUGGUAAGUUUUGUGAACGCUUCAAACUUUUAUAACAGCAUUAUCAUCAGUGUUUCAACUAAAUGCAUACAUACUAUUAAAACGAUAACGUACCUAUUAGAUAUUUUUUGUACCCUGAGGUCUAAUGGUGGAAAUAUAACUUGUACAAUGUGAUGCCAUAUCAACGCAAUACUAACAAUACUCAAAGCUUAUGUUAAACAUUUUUGUCGUUUGCUAUAUUAUUACGCUUCAAACAUAUCAUGUCCAUUUUAUAUCAUUGCGUCAUGGGAUCUCUGGACUAAGACUAAACAACCAUGUUCCAUAUGUCCAUUUUUGAGUUGGUUUUCUAACACAAUUAUGUUAUAGUGCAUCAAUACAAAAUCAUCGAAUGAGAUACCGUAGACUAAAAAGUUCGAUAUUUCUUAUUUUGUAUGAAAAAAAAUCCUGCAGUCGUUUUUCUUAAAUAACCUUAAUAUACAGUGUGUUCGAAAAAUAGAUGGAGAUAUUUUAGAGGGCGAUUCCUUGUUAAAAAAUAUGAAAAAAGUUCCUAUAAACACGGGUCCCGAAAUGCAGAAUUAUCAAGAUACAUGGUGAUAAUUUUUUUUAUUAAUAUCUUAAACAAUAUAUACUCGAUUCUACUGAAAUUUAUUAUUGGCUAAAAUGUACGCCACUGCCUUUUUGUAACUUUAAUAUUUGUUGUUUGAUUGAGC